AUGGACAUCUCGUCCUCAAUAAUCACGCAAGUAACAAGGGAUGAAGAGGAUAACUAUACUCUGCGCGAGGAAGGUGAGUUUGGAAAAGUUUUCAAGAAGUGUUCUGUUGCGCAUGACAAACCCCGCAGUCGUGGCAUUUUUCGAAGUCUCUUCUGCUGCCUCUGUCACAAAGAAACCGAGCAAAUCCCAGUCAACAACAAUGCCCCCUUAUCGGUGGAAGAAAAUGGGACCAUUUCAAAACAAGUCCCGGCAAAACCUCUGCUACCUCAACUCAAGUCACAAGACUCAGGGAAGAUCUGUGUGGUGAUUGAUUUGGAUGAAACAUUAGUGCACAGUUCAUUCAAGCCUGUGAACAAUGCUGAUUUUAUCAUUCCAGUGGAAAUUGAUGGAACAGUUCACCAGGUAUACGUGUUGAAGCGACCCAAUGUGGAUGAGUAUCUCAAAAGAAUGGGGGAGUUGUUUGAGUGUGUUCUGUUCACUGCCAGUUUAUCCAAGUAUGCCGAUCCAGUCUCCGACCUGCUGGAUAAAUGGGGUGCCUUCCAACACCGUCUCUUCCGGGAGUCCUGCGUGUUCCACCAAGGAAACUAUGUUAAAGACCUGAGUCGGCUGGGCAGGGACCUCAACCAAGUCAUCAUUGUAGACAACUCCCCAGCCUCCUACAUCUUCCACCCUGAUAAUGCUGUCCCCGUAACAUCCUGGUUCGACGACAUGGCCGACACAGAGCUACUAGAUCUCAUCCCAUUCUUCGAGAGACUAAGCAAAGUGGAAGAUGUCUACGAUAUUCUCAAGCAGCAGAGGACUGCAAGCUAGUACGUAAUAAGACACUGGCUGCAACUUUUCACCACAUAGGGGCCAUAGAGGAAGCUGGUGUGCAACAGGCUUCAAGUUUCUUCCCACUAGAAGGACCUGCUAGUGUCUCUCGGUCAUUGUCAUCCUCCAAAUUCCAUUCACACAAAACGUGAUAGAGAGGCCACUCAGUUUGGCACAG